GCGAGACAAAAAGGCGAAGACAUUAUGAAUGACGCCAAAAUGCGUCACAGAAGUUGGGAUCAACGCACGGGCCAUAUUGAAGGUGUCCCUGUGCCGUACUGUCAAGCUUGCUCAUAGUGAUUUCAGGCUUAUUUAUACUUGGGAUACAGAAGUGAACGCGACUUGGCAUUGAAGGCCUUCGGGCGUCUUUUAAAAAAAAAAUUAACCGCAAUUUUAAAGCAAGAUUUAAAAGAGGUCGGACAACUUGUAUCGUGAUAUUUGGCAAUAAUCGUUGCAGCCCAUUACAUUUUGACAAAGUGGUUCGUGCUAUGAAACAUUAUUAGAGCCGUUAAUCAUUAUAUUUUAUGUGAUAGAUUAAACAGAGUUCUUCCGUGUACACAUCGGAACUGCUUCUGUCACGAUAGAAACGUAUAAGUAAAAAAAGAAGUCGGUAAAUGCUUAAAUAGUUCUUCGUAACUUUCAAAGAUCAAGAAUGAAUGAAUUUCUUUUGUGUGAAAUUACUAAUUUUUUGUUGUUUUCUUUGUUACAUUUUACGCACAGUUAUGUGGGUGAGUUUAACAUUUAUUUUAAUUAUUUCGGUUAAUUUUUUUUUCUUUCAAGUUUUCAGAACAAGAUCGUAUGAACAUCGCCAAAAUCAUGUUAUAGAAAAACAAAAGGAAUAAUAUACAUGGCCUAAAGCUAAUUUAAAAUGUAUUUUUCUUUCAUUACCAAAAUAAAGAAGGAAAAAAAGAAUUUUAGUACUGGAAUGUGGUUGAAAAUAUAAAACAAUUUUAACAAUUGCUUCAAAUGACCGCACGAAAAACAGCAACACUCUAAUAUCAUUUUUUUUUAGUCCACUUAUAAAGAUCCCGAAACAGUUUUUCAUGGAAAUCAAGGGUCAGUUUCGGCUAUUGAUAUUCGGCGUCUGCUUCCUGAUUUCACCAACGACAGCGGCUGUGACCAUUAAUGAAUUCACACAACCGACGUACGUUGCCGAGGACCCCACGGUGCUGACCAAAUUGGUCGAGAUCACGGUCUCGGAUUCUGGCGGCGCUACAGUAACUGAUUGCGACGUGGUGGCCAGCAGCCCUAACGGUCCGUUCUCUGUCAGUCCGUACUCCACUGAAUUCUGGGUGGUAUACGACGCCACGUCAAACUUGGAUUAUUCUACAACCAAUUUUUAUGAACUUACGGUGAGUGGGACAGACCGACAUCUUAGUUUUGACCUUGGAUUUUUGCAUCAUGUGUGACUGUGUGUGUGUGUGUGUGUGUGUGUGUGUGUAAAGUUACACAUUUUACUACAUAAAUGUAUCAGAUAAUUUUGAGAUUCCAGUAAUAAGUAUUUAUUUUCGAUGAGUAUAUAUAUGCUUCUUUCUUUAAAAAAAAAAGAAAUAUAGAUUAUUAUUUUUCUCGUAUCGAUAGAUCUAUUUUAAAAUACAAUAUAAUAAUAUCUAAUAGUAUGACGAUGUAAAAAAUCCGUUUUUAUUUGGUUUUAAAAAUACAUAAGUGUAAUUUUCCUCAUACCAUUUGUUCAAAAUCCAACAUUUAUAGUCAUUAUUAUUUAUAAGUAUAAUUUAAGCAAUUGAAAUACCCAGAAUCUCAAGUAACGUAAUACUUAAGAGUUGAAAAUAAAAUGUUUCAUUGGAAGAUAUGCGAUUAUCUUAAUAACUUAAAAGAAAAAGGAGAAGCAAUAUUUUCAAAACUCCUUUCUAAAGAUCAUUGUGGGGUGAAUCAUUCGUGUUAUUAACCUAUACCGCAGAAAGUACAUUGUUCAGACAUAUAUAUUCUUUAAAUAAUGUUUUUUGUUUCGUUUUUUUAAAGACAUAAAAAACAUAGGAAUGAAGCUUAAUUUUAUGAAUGAAAUUUCAGUUGGAGUGCGCAGCCAGUAGUGUAAAGAGUAAUCGAGUCAAGCUGUUUGUGUACGUCACACCCAACUCCCCACCCGUGAUCACGGCCUACCCCACUGCUACUGCCACACUGGAUGCGUCGACGUUCGAUGUGAGCACAGCCGCCGUGUAUCAGGUAACGGCGACGGAUGCCGAAAAAGAUACCUUAACAUACAGCCUCCUGUCGCAGCAGCCGAGCCAGGCACUCUUCAGUAUUGACAGUAAGUGAUACAAGCAUAGGCGAACACACGGGUGGGGGGCCGGGGGUAGAUGGGCGGUGGCGUAGCCAAAAUUGAAAAUGCUUUUCGCCAUCCCACUUCCACGAGAAAACUUUGCCGUUGGCCGAAAAUGUCGCCCCUCCGCAUAUAAGAAAAAAUUGCGCCCGGAGCGGAUCGCCCCUUCGCACCCCUGUCCUACACCAGCCGUUAGGGGUGCUUAUGGUGUUUAUCUUGCCAUUCUAUCAAACAUCCAAUGUAAUAAUGAAACUAACACAGUUUUAAUCAUAUUCUAAAUGGUUUCAGUUUGUUUUUUUAAAACCGCCUUUAAAUAUGAAGAUUAUUUUAUCCUAGCCGCUGAAUGACUUUUGGAGGCCCUCUCCAUUCGAAGUUUAAAUUUUUUUCCCAUUAAGACUUUUGGUCCCUUAGAUCUCCACGGCCCACUAGCUCAGCAGGGUUUAAAAAGGGCCCGCCAUAGGACGGCUCUGACGUUAUUUUUUUCCCCGAUUCAUUUUGAAUAUCACUGACACCAAUAUGAGAACUGAUCUACGUUAAUAUUGAUACUAAUAAUCCUUUAUGCCACUAGGCUUAGAGCUUCACGACAAUCAAACAUGGGACGCUUGGUGCGAUUUGAGGUCCGUCCCAAACACUUAAAUACAGCUGUGCAGCUCAUUGCAGCAUUUUAUUUUCCUUAAAACAUUCGGCGUAAAGAUGAUACAUUUUUCAACCCACACAAACUUAUUCAACCCACCCUGGCUGAUUUGCUAUUGCAGAUUCCAGUUGACUAUUAGACGUUUGUCUAUUUCAGGGAUUCCGACUCUACGAAAAAUAAAACUAAAUAUUUUCUUAAAAACUCAAGGUUUCUUUUUAGGCCUUAACUGUCAAGCUGUGAAGAUAAUGGAGACUUUCCGGGAGGAAAUCACAAGCCUUGGAAAUUUCUUUAGGAGGAUAAGCUGAUUAUCUUAUAGUCGACAAAUCACUUUUCUCACCGCACCCCGUGAAUCACACAAAGGAAUUUCAAAUUUUUGCACAAAGAGCGUCGCAGAAAUUGUUCGAAUUUUAUGUUAAUGUCAUACCGCCUACGGGACUCCGUCUCCCGGUUUGAAAGCAGAGUUUCCUUUCUUUUAGAUGAGUUGCCAUCCAAGGUUAACCAGUCUCAUCCAACCGGAAAGCUAGUGAUGUUGUAAUGCUCUUCCAGCUAGUGGCUAAUGACUGAACUCCAAUCCACAUGUUGCUAAUAGACGCAGUUAAGACCUCACAUCCAUGCAGCCUAAUUAAUUAUCAGUAUGUAUAAACUAUUUUUGCGCCGAAAGAAAAGAAGUGGGCCGGAUUUAGGACAGAGCUCUUCAUACUCGGCCAGUGGCCUAUUACUAGAAAUUCUCUGCCGACGAAAGGUCGCUACUUUCUAAGUGUCUCAAAUUUAUUCCUCUGAAACCAUCUUGCGACCGAUAUCUACUUCUUUCGGAUUCCCACCGCUACUUUCGUUCCUUGAGGCUUCAGUUUCACUUCGGUGGGAAAAGUACCGACCUCCCCGAAGACGAGAUUUUUCCAUUUCAUAGGGAACGCAAAUCUACUUGGACACCACCUUCUAAUCAAUCUAAAGCUUUAGACUUAUAUAUAAAGAGCACGGAACAUGACAUCAAGAACCUCUCUUUACCUCCACUCCGGAAAUCCAAUCUUUCUAAAAGAGAAUCACUCGCACUCUCUAAGCUGCGCAGUCGGAAAGAUAUCGUCAUCAAACCAGCUGAUAAGGGGGGAGCUGUUGUGGUGUGGGACAGAGAUCUGUACAUCAAGGAGGCUCAUAGGCAACUAGAAGACAGCCAGUUCUACCAACCGAGGACCAACAACCCUAUCACCAAACAUAACGACAUGGUGAAAGGGACUAUCAAGAAAAUGAUUGCAGAAUCAGCGCUCCCCAAAUCGGCCUCUGCCCUACACAUCUUCGAUAGUGACCUCGGUAAGCCAUGCUUCUACCUACUUCCCAAAAUUCAUAAGUAUGGUAACCCUGGCAGACCCAUUGUCUCAGCAUGCUCUUGCCCCACCGAACAUAUCUCGGAAUUCCUUGAUGGAGUUUUUCAACCCAUCGUUGCCUCACUGCCUACUUACAUUAAGGACACCAACCAUGCUCUUCAAACCUUUGAAUCCAUCAUAAUCCCUCCUGAAAAGAAACAUCAUCUAUUUCUUCUUGAUGUAUGUUCUCUAUACACUUCCAUCCCCCACACUGACGGUCUCUUAGCUCUCAAAUUCUUUCUCGAGACUAGACCCCACCCAUCUAUACCCACCAACACCCUCCUCAGAUUGGCUGAACUAGUCCUCACCCUCAAUUCGUUUGAGUUUGGUGGCCAAUUCUUUGACCAAAUCAGUGGUGUUGCUAUGGGGACUAAAAUGGGACCCAGCUAUGCUUGCUUGUUCAUGGGGCAUUUCGAACACUUGGUCGAAAGCAGCUAUACUGGACGCCUCCCUGAAUUCUAUAAGAGGUACAUAGAUGAUGGUAUAGGGGUCACCACUAUGGAGAGGAGUGAACUUGACCUGUUCAUUAACUUUGUAGGCUCCUUUCACCCCUCCAUUAAAUUCACAUCUCUUAUCUCUGAGACCUCAGUCAAUUUCUUAGACAUUACAGUCACUCUUCACAAAGACACCCUACACACCUCUGCCUACUUUAAGCCCACUGACAGCCAUAGCUAUCUACUCUACUCUUCAUCCCACCCUAAAUCCUGUAAGGACUCUAUUCCUUUCUCUCAAUUACUUCGUCUUCGUCGACUUUGUCGGUCGGAUGAGGACUUUUGGGACAAGGCACUUGAAAUGAUAGACUUUUUCCGGUGUAGGUCUUACCCGGAGACAGUACUUUCAUCAGCCCUCCAAAGGGUUAAGAAUAUUACACGUGCUGAUGCCUUCAGACCACGUCUGAGCGACAAUGUUGACAGGACAAAACUCAUUUUAACUUAUCACCCUCACAAUCUGAUUGCUAAACGUGUUUUCCUUAAACAUCGAUCUAUACUACUCGCAGACACCGACACACGAGAAAUUUUCUCUUCCCCACCUCUCAUUGUUUUCAGACGGGAUAAAAAUCUGAGAGACCUGCUUGUACGCAGUCGUAUCAAUGCUCCCCCCUCCCACUUUGGGACCAAGCCGUGUGGACGCAGUCGUUGCAACACGUGCCCUUUUGUCGUCCAGACUGAACGCAUACGUUUCCCCAAGGGCAGUUUUCAGAUACGCGACGGUUUCCUCUGUACAAGCCGCAACGUUAUCUACGCCAUUGUCUGCACCCGCUGUCAGAUGACAUACAUAGGGGAGACUGGACGCCGUCUCUCGGACAGGUGUACCGAACACCUCCGAAACAUUACACAAGAUAAACAGUGUCCCGUCUCCAAACACUUCAAUAGUAGCGACCACCGGGGCAAGGCGGACUUUUCAAUAAGUGCGAUUGUGGCUAGCACUAACACCGCCAGCCGGGUCAAUUUGGAACACAGACUUAUCCUGACUUACGGCACUUUGACGCCAGAUGGGAUUAAUGUUAUGUCUCUGUUCACAGCUUGACCCUAGCUCCGCCCCUCCACGUUCUGACCUAUCACAGUGAACUUUUUUCUCCCCCCUUUUUUUCGCCGCUGCUUAUUUAAACUCUCACUCAUUUUCCUUCUGCCACACUUCUAUUGCUGCCCACAGAUACUACUUACCAGCUAAGUGCUAUUUCUUAUUUUUAUAACGUUUUUUCUGUUGUUUUGUUCGCUGACGAAGGCUUUCUGCCGACACGUUCGCUGUUUUGUUGCGUUUAAUUUUUCAGGUUUAACCAUACUCUGUUUUACUCAUUUUAUUUUUUACUAGAAAUUAUAAGUACGUUCUUGUACAGGGUAGCGCAAUUAAAGCAAUUGCAGAUGAGUGGCAAAUUGCAUUGUUUUUAUUUUUGGUUGAUUACUGUUGAUGUAUGUAUAUUUUAAGUGAAGGCAUUUUCAUUCAUUAAGAUGGUCACCCUUCUUUAUGAAUGUAAACACUAUAAUAAUCACGGCCCAGAAAUGCCAUACAGAUUUUGCAAUAAUUUUUUUUUUUGAAACCAUUCGAUAUAUGGCAAAUUAAGGUAUUUCAAUUUGGUUUUGUUUUUGGUUUGGGGAGGGGGGAGACGUCCUAUCUUAUCUUAUUGUUUAUUUCUUUUAAGUUUGCUUCAAAUAGUAUGGAUCUGUCACAGUUACUUUUGAAAGAUAAGACAUACCUUUGUGUCUUGUUCAAAUACUUUAAUGGCCAAGUAUUAUUAUUUUUAUCAUUUUGAGGUUUUAAAUAACGCAGUACCCCAGCACCUCACUGCGCUUCACAUAAAAAAUAGCAAUUACAGAAAAGUAUACAUUUCAACCACUUCUUUGACAAUUUUAAAAUUGCUUUUAUUGAACAGGUGCUACGGGCAAGAUCACAGCCAACAGAGACCUCCGGCUUCUCAGCACAUCGUCCUAUAUUCUGACGGUUCAAGUUUCCGACGGCAAGAACGUCAUCUCUGACUUCCACGUGGUGGUGAACAUCAACAAGCUCAACACGGCGCCGGUCAUCCUAAACCUGCCCACCUCCAUCAACAUCCCCGAGGACGCCGUUAGUGGGACGACGCUGAUCGCGCUGAGCGUUGAGGACAAUACGGCGUACCCGGGGCCGGUGAAACCGACCUGCACCACGUCACCGUCCUCAGACGGUUACAAGUUUACCUUGAACGCUGACAACACCAUCACCCUCAGCGCCAGCAACCUGCUCAACUACGAGGUCCGCAAGACCUACACCAUAACAUGCAGGGCCACCGACGGCUACCUCAGCACCGACGGCAAUGACGUUCUUACCGUCAACGUUGAAAACGUCAACGAGCCCCCGGUGUUCAACAGUAACCCGUACUACUGUACGAUAGCGGAAGGAGCUCAACGCGACCAUUACUGCACCCUCUCCCUCACAAUCACAGAUCCCGAAGGAGACCCUCUGAGCAGCCUCGAUUUCGAGCCCGCCAGUAGUGAUUUUUAUUUCGACAAAUCGACUAACAGAAUUUAUUUCAGCGUAGCUUACGACGUCGAUGUGGUUCAUACUACUGACCCAGUUUCACUUAUUCUCAAAGCAGUGGACAGUGGUGGAGCCACUGCAACGGCCAGCGUCAUAAUAACAGUCACCGACGACAACGAUCAAACGUGCGCCUUCGACAAGUCCACUAUAUACCAGAGCAUUGAUCAGAACACAGCGCUUGGAGCACUCGGCGCUUUCAUAGUGACCGACGAAGACCUGACCUCGCCCAACAAGGACACCAAAGUGGAGAUAGUGUCCUCCAGCCCGUCCAACUCCGGCAGCUACAUCACUGUCACGGGGGCCGGCGAGCUGUACUACAUCGGCAGCGUCCCCGCUGCGAACUCCGGAAGUUCCUACACGAUGGUCGUGAAAUGCAAAGACGGCGGGACGCCCGCGAGAUCCGCCUUCGCGACGGUCAUCGUCUCGUACACGUACAUCACGACCACCACCACGACGACGACGACCGCCGCUACAACAAUCACCACCACCACCAAAGCCCCCGAAAAAACCAUCUGGGAUUACGACUGGUUCAUAGCCGUGUUCUCCAUCUUUAUGAUCCUUCUCGCCGCUGCUGUGAUUGGACUUAUUGCGUACAUUGUGUACAAGUGCUGCUGCCAGACACCGCAACGUCCCAACUACCCGCCCAGGCGUAAGGUCAACCCCGAGUAUCAGUACGACGACAGGCGCAUAACGCGUAGUAGUUAUUACGACGACGACGAUUACCUGAGGACUUCGAGAUCAGAUUACAACUAUAACAGAUCGUGGCAGAGCCACCAGGCGAUAUCGCCAAGGCAGAUCCCGGCACUCGAGUAUCGAUAAGGCGUGGUCGAAAUGAAGUCAUAAGGAGACAUCCCCCCCCCCCCCAAUAAUAGCUGGACCAGCAAUGAGUCAACAGACACGUAUACUUAAAUGAGACAUAUUAAUUGUUUUAUAGCUAUAAAUAGCAGUACGCUAAGUUACGUCACAAUAAGUGCUGUUUUAACUUUGAUGAAACUAUUUAUAUAAGGACUUGAGAAAAAGCCUGGACUACAAUUUAAGAGUCGACACUUAAGCCAUUCAGCGGGCGUUGUUUAACUGUUCCAUAAUUUCAAUGAACUCAUUACUGAAAUGACAUUUAUUUUUUUAGGUCUAAUAGAGUGACGUAUAUUUCACGCACAAUAAAAAUUAUUAUAUUUUAAGAAAGUGGUCCAGACUUCAUGUUCCAUGAAUGACUUCCUGUUCCAUUAAUGGACACUUCCAUGACGGCGAAUUCGUAACUAUGGACGGGACACAUAGUUACUUGGUGCCGUCUUAUCAAAAUUCUCUUUGAAUGGCUCUGCCACUUUUAUGUAAACUUGAUCCCGCUUCAGAAUCAAAUCAAUUAUUAAAGAAACGAUCGAAAAUGAUGGUCUAUGAAUACUUAUUUCUUUCGCGGAGGGACCCAUUUUGAAACACAUAAAAAACUGUUUUCUUUUAUACUGACAAAGACUUGGGCUAAUCCACAGUCUGCACUGCAUUCAAUCACCUUUAUUAUUUAAUAAAAUUUAACUAUGUAUCUUAUUCGUAAAGCUUAGAUUUUAAUGCGUCAUCUUGUUGUUUUAUCAUUGUUUCCCAUCGAAACAACAGAAGCCACCGAUAUUUGAAUUAUAUUAUUAACUAAACUGUACACUUUAGCGUCUUGUGACAUGUUUUCAUAUAUAAAAUUGAAUCCUGCAUUUUUCCCCCUACGAACUUGAAAAGCAGCAAACAAUUUAAUUAAUAUUUCAUUGUAGUUGAGAUGUUGGUGUUUUCGGGCUCUGGUAACGUAGCUUUCGACCGAAUAAUUUGAAACCCUAAAACCUAUUUUGCUGCUGAUUUUCGGAUACAACCCUCAUUUCUAAAUAGUUAAUAUUCACUUAAACCAAGACCUAUUUUUUGUAUUCCUCCCCUGAACUGUUAGCCCUUGCAAGUAAACUAAAUAAACAAUCUUGAAAACGGUGCGAGAAUCACUGAAGAAGUGCAUGUCCACUGUGUCUUUGUAUGGACAAUUAGAAGCAGAGUGGGUUUUUGAAGCAAGAAAAUAAACUCGCCCUCAGCGAAUUACUAUAACCCAUUGUGUACUUUAAGUCUAUGAUAGUGAAAAGGAAACGUCUCAUUUUAAUCCAUCUGUAAAGGUCGAUUAUUGAUGAAAUUUAGAGAGAUUUGUUUUAUUGAACAUUGGCAGAGACACGUGAUGAACUAAACAAAAUAAUGGGACGAUUUAAAAAAAAAAAUAUUGAAUCAUCAAAACGUGUCAAGGUUUUUGGAAAAAGUGAGACAAAGUAUUGGAAAACCUGUAAAAUAGACCGCAACAAAACACCGAACAUAUCGGCAAGAAGCUUUCGUCAGCGGACAAACAACAGUAAAAACAGAAUAUCAUAAAAAAAAAUAACACUUAGCAGUAACGUAACAUACGAGAGGAUACGACAGUGAAGGAAUUGUCGAAUGCCCCCUCCCUUUUAUUACAAAACUUUCCGGUAUUUUGAUAUUAAAUGUUUCGAUUUGUUUCACGUAAUUAAACCAUUUCGUUUCGCGUUAAAAUUCCUGAAAAGUUCAAUCGUAAACGGAGAUCCCCGUAUGUGUCUGAAUACUAUAUGAAUUGAAAUAGCUUCAUUGAAAAAGUUGCUUGAGGUUUGUCUUAACAGGUUGCCCGCAGUGAGAUCGAAUGUUCAAAACAUUUCCAAUUUAUAAUGUUAACUCAUCCCUCGGUGGCGCCUGUCCCAGAAAGACUGUUGUUAGUUUUCACCACACGAGUUUAGAGGCCGGAUCAAACGGCGACAUUUCGACAUGGAUGUGGUGGAGUUAACUAAAUCUUCUGAUUAAUGCAGACACAGAUCUAAUCAUGAUAAAAGGAUGGAGAUAACACCAGCAGCGUAGGAGGAUGGAGAUAACACCAGCAGCGUAGGAGGAUGGAGAUGACACCAGCGGCGUAGGAGGAUGGAGAUAACACCAGCAGCGUAGGAGGAUGGAGAUAACACCAGCAGCGUAGGAGGAUGGAGAUAACACGCAGCAGCGUAGGAGGAUGGAGAUGACACCAGCGGCGUAGGAGGAUGGAGAUAACACCAAGGUCGCGAGAGACACCACUCUGAAAUGUGUUUAGAUCUCGAAGUUCUUUGCAUAAUAAAUGAAAUUGCAUGUCAAGACUCUAGGGCAGUGGUCAUCAUAUCACGGCUCGCGGGCUGCAUGCUGCACUGUAACGACAUGAGAGUGACUCGUCCAGUCGGCCACAAAUCGGUUUAGACUCCGAAAAACAUGAUUCUUGACAGGUUCUUGAGAAGAAAUUAUGCUCUCAAAAUUUGUUAAUCGCCCUACUGCUGAUUUUUGUGCUUGACUAAUGAGUUUUCUGAAAACAGUGCUCUAGGGGAUCAUGUUUCUCUUGUUUUGUUUGAGUUAUAAAUGUUUUAUUUUUAUAUGUGUUUCUUUAUAGUGUGUGCAUUUGAAAAUAAACUAAUUAAAAAUAUAAUAAUAUAGUCUGAUUACGAGCACACUUUAAAGAAUAUCGUUUAAAUAUUUUAAAAUAUAACACCAAAUAAUGAGUAAGAACUGUUCCAAGCAUCUUAUAAUGACUACUUAUUAAAUAUGAAUUAUUCUUUAAGUUCGAUAAUCAGUUUUAUAAAAUUCUAUUAUAUCAUCAAUUCUUGGAUUAAAGAACAUA